AUGUUAGCCAUGGAUGUAGCACUUUCUCCCAUGACAACACAAGAACUGGAUCCCAUGCCGUCUGACGCAUCUCCAAUGCUUAUAAACAUGACUCCGACAGUAGAACAAGAUGGGGAAGAGGAUGUCAUGAAGGAGCUUGAUUCUGGCCAGCAGUAUGAAAAGCCUCCUCCUCUACACACUGGGGCUGAUUGGAAGAUUGUUCUCCACCUGCCAGAAAUUGAGACCUGGCUUCGGAUGACGUCUGAAAGAGUCAGGGAUCUGACAUACUCUGUCCAGCAGGAUUCGGACAGCAAGCAUGUGGAUGUUCACCUAGUACAGCUGAAGGAUAUUUGUGAAGACAUAUCUGAUCACGUUGAACAAAUUCAUGCUCUGCUAGAGACAGAGUUUUCCCUGAAGCUUCUGUCUUACUCUGUCAAUGUGAUAGUCGAUAUUCACACAGUACAACUACUCUGGCACCAGCUACGUGUUUCUGUUCUGGUUCUGAGAGAGCGUAUUCUCCAGGGGCUACAAGACGCCAAUGGAAACUACACCAGGCAGACUGAUAUUCUGCAAGCAUUUUCUGAAGAGAAUAAGGAGGACCGUCUUGACUCUUUAACUGAAGUUGAUGAUUCUGGACAGUUGACCAUCAAAUGUUCUCAAAAUUACUUGUCACUGGAUUGUGGUAUUACUGCAUUUGAACUGUCUGACUACAGUCCUAGUGAGGAUUUUCUUGGUGCUCUGGAUGAUAUGACCUCCAGCCAAGGGAAAGCAAAAUCAUUUGAAUCCUGGAACUACAGUGAGAUGGAUAAGGACUUUCCAGGACUUAUCAGAAGUGUGGGUUUACUUGCAGUAGCAACUGAUUCCAUUUCUUCCCAGUGUAAUGAAGCAUUAAAUGAGAAAGAAACCCAUGUACCUCAUUCAUCAGAAGAUGGAGAAGAAAAUAAAGACAGGAAAGCACCACAUGAGCUUUCACUAGUAUCUACUUCUGUGAACUCCUCGCUUUCUAAAGGACCUUGCUCUGUAGAUGGUGUUUUAGCUACUGACAGCAAACCAGUUUCCACAUUAAAGAAACCAGUAUGUAAUCUUCCACAGCACACCAAUGAAAAAGUCAAACAUUCUCACUGUGAAAAUUCAACUCCCAAGAGGUCCAUAAGAGACUGCUUCAAUUAUAACGAAGACUCACCUACACAGCCUACAUUGCCAAAAAGAGGUCUAUUUCUGAAAGAUGAUGUGUUUAAAGAUUAUAUGGAAGCCAGUGAUUUAAAAAGGCAAAUCUCUCAGAUAGUUAAAAAUGAAAUGAGUAGAAGUACACCCUCGUUGUUAGAUCCACCAGACAGGUCCAAGCUUUGCCUAGCUUUACAGUCACCCUAUACUAACAGUCCAUCUGCAGUUAGUCAGUCAUAUGAUUGCUUAAAUAUAAUAGGUGAUAGAAACCUUGAGUACACAAUAAAUAAUCACUUUAAGGACAGUCCCAUAAGUCUAGGAAAGUCUGCUUUCUACAGCUGUAAAGAAAAAUCAAAGCACAAGAAGUCUCAUGAUGCUCCAGAUAAGGUGAAAGCUGGUGGAACACCUGGAGGUAUGUGCAAAACUGCUCCAUCAAUCCAAGUCAAAAAAAGAGGACAUCCUUCUCUACAGAAUGGAAUUACUUCUCAUAACUCUCAGUCUCUGGAGGUGACAGAAACAGAUUUUUCUUCAUCAUCAGAUUCUUGUAACCAGAGAGCUCCAAAUGGACAAUCACAAGAUAAAACUGAGCCUUUUAGUUCACCAACAUGUAGCCAAAAGAGUGCUUCCUCAGCUGGUUCUGAGCUUGCCAAUUCAUCACCUCUUCUACUGAGAAGAAAGAAUAAUAAAAGCUUCUCCUCAACACACAUCUAUACUCAGAAAACCAGUAAAGAUGGUGAGGUCUGGUAUGGAUCUGAUGAAUAUUUAGCACUUCCUUCACAUCUCAAACAGACUGAAGUAUUAGCUUUAAAACUAGAAAAUCUAACAAAGUUGCUUCCCCAAAAGCCUAGAAGAGAAACCAUUCAAAACAUUGAUGACUGGGAGCUGUCAGAAAUGAAUUCGGAUUCAGAAAUGUAUCCAACGUACCAAACAAAAAAGCACAAAAAAGUGGGUAGAAUUUCACCGAGCUCUUCAAGUGAUAUAGUAUCCUCCCUAGGUGACAGCAUUGAAUCUGGGCCUCUCAGUGAUAUUCUCUCUGAUGAAGAUCUUUGUACGCCUGUAUCUUGCAUGAAAAAAUACUUUGAAGAAAAGUCAGAAAGGACUGCUGUCACUGAGCCCACGGAGAAUGAGACUUCUGCCUCAAAUAAAUCAGCUUUAAUUCAUCAACUGAUGCAAGAUAUACAACAUCAAGAGAAUUAUGAAAGCAUAUGGGAAAAAAUUGAG